CAGAAAAUCGAUGUAUACGAAUCCUAAAUAUGCUAAUACUUGCUCAUCCAUAAAAUCAUAAAUCAAACAUGCACGUCCACAAUUUUAACCCACACUGAUCUAUCAAAAAUAAAUUUAACUAAUUCUCUAGCCACAUAUUGGUCAGAGUAACAUUUUGGUGGUUUCCAUACAAAUUAGUCUCGUCCUCUCUUAAUGGGAUAUCUCUAUCUAUAGCGCGGAUAUCUAUUGAACACCUUGGAGAUCUCCUUAAUUUGAUCUCCAUAUUCUCUGUCUCCCCCUUUCUCUCCUAUUCAGGUAGCUGCUUUGCUUCCUCUCUCUCUCUCUUCCUCCCGUUCCUGCCCUGCAGCGUGCAGAGAGAGAGAGGGAGAGGGAUAUGUCGAAUGAUGAAACCACAAGACCUGUAAUGGGAUAUGCUCCCGUAGGCUGUCCCCAGCCCUUCCCUCCACCGCAACAAGGCUAUUAUGGUCACCCCUACACCGCCUAUCCUAACUACUACAAUGGCGCAGGACCACCGCCGGGCACGGUCUAUUACUCAUCUGCUCAAUUACCCAACAUUUCUCCCCAGCCAUCCAAAGACUUUAAGGUGGAGUCAUUUAACGUGCCUUAUUUCGACAUCGCCAAUUCAACAUUGAAGGCCAGAUGGGAGACGAAUAUAACUGUCAAGAGUACGAACCAGAAAUCAAGAAUCUCCUUUCCGCACAUUCAAGGAUACCUGGUUUACAGAAAUCGACUCGUGGAUGCCGCCAUGAUUGAUCCGUUGCACCUGGAGGGCAAGACUGAAGCCAGUCUGAGAGCUAAUUUUUCUCUCCCGGAUCCUAGGGGAAAUCUCCCGAAGCUUCGGUGGUGGAUGCAAUGGGUGAAGGACGAAAAAUUGGGAUUUUGGAUUUUUAUUUGAGAUUAGAUAUGAGAGCAACAUACGUCUCUGGCUCAUACUGGAGCAGAGAAACGAUGCUCAGAGUCAUUUGUGGGGAUCUAUGGGUGAAUUUCCCAGCUCCAAUUGGAGGUGGAACGUGGAACGGUACCAGUGGGGAAUGUUCAACUUACUAUUGAUGUUAACUUAACAAGCCGUUUCAUUUCCUUCUCUGCUUUUGGAGGAGACUAUUGCGCCUUCUUUGAUAGCUGUCAAUUCUUGUAUAUUUUCACCCUGCAUAGGCCAUGCGUAUUUGUUCAGCGUGGAAUCUGCUUCUAGUACAUUAAGAUACGUAGGACAUAAUGAACAAUGGGUUUAGGUUCCUGAAUUGGAUAUAAUGAACAUUGUCCUCGAAUGGUACGUACGCGGCCUUGUUCAGCAGAUCCUAGUGUUUUAGUCCAAAACAAAUCCAAACCUCGCUAGUUUGUUUAUAUACAUCACCCGAAGGUGCUUGUUCUG